GACGGCCUGGCCGAGACCACGGAGGGCGCCGGCCCAGCCCUUCAUUCCCUCUUCAGUCCGUCUGUUAGUCAGCGUGUCCCCCACCCCCAUCCCACCCCCACCCCUAGCGUGACCACGGCGCUGCCCGACCUCGACCCCACGGACGCCAGAGAUCUGGACUGGCACACUACGGGACGUUUUGUUAGUAACAGUUUUAACAAUUCAGACAGGCUACAGAGUGACCACUGAAAGACCUAAUUUUCUUAAGUACAAGUUACCUAUCACCUCCACCCAAUCAGAGCAAUGUCCUACGUUUUUGUAAAUGAUUCUUCUCAAACAAACGUGCCUCUGCUGCAGGCUUGUAUCGAUGGGGAUUUUAACUAUUCCAAGAGGCUAUUAGAAAGUGGCUUUGAUCCAAACAUUCGUGAUAGUAGAGGCCGAACAGGCCUUCACCUUGCUGCAGCCCGAGGAAAUGUAGACAUCUGCCAAUUGUUGCACAAAUUUGGUGCUGAUCUUCUGGCCACGGAUUACCAAGGAAACACAGCCCUUCACCUCUGUGGUCACGUGGAUACUAUACAAUUCCUUGUUUCCAAUGGACUCAAAAUUGACAUUUGCAACCACCAAGGUGCAACACCCCUGGUACUGGCAAAGCGAAGGGGAGUGAAUAAAGAUGUCAUCCGAUUGCUGGAGUCAUUGGAAGAGCAAGAAGUGAAAGGUUUUAACAGAGGAGCCCAUUCUAAGCUGGAGACCAUGCAGACUGCUGAAAGUGAAAGUGCCAUGGAAAGCCAUUCUCUCCUUAAUCCCAAUUUACAACAAGGUGAAGGAGUAUUCUCAAGCUUCCGAACCACAUGGCAGGAGUUUGUGGAGGAUCUGGGCUUCUGGAGAGUGUUGCUUCUGAUUGUUGUCAUUGCACUACUUUCUCUUGGAAUUGCAUACUAUGUCAGUGGUGUUCUUCCCUUUGUGGAAAAUCAACCUGAACUCGUGCAUUAGUCUUGGAAAGAAGGCAGGUGCCCCUUGCCUGCUUCUCAACUGUGUUCUGAGUUUUCCAAAAUGCUUCUCCUAGUGCAGAGCUAGCACCAUAUUAUUUGGCUUUUACACUAUUUGGUGUAUUGUUACUCUUUAGGAAGGGAGAUUUAUUAAUUUGAAUUAACUGUUCUAAAGUUUAAAGUAUUUGAAAGCUACCUCUGACACGUGCUAACAUUUUAGUACAGGCUAGGAUUAGCAGCAACCAAUUCUGGUAAAACAUAAGCAUUAAUAAAGAAUGAAAAUAAGAUGACUAAUAAUUGUUAAUCUAGAAAUCUUAUCUUGUCACAAGGACCAAUUAAAUGAAGUUUUUUAAAAAAAAAAGUUGAUAUGAUAUAAGGUAUUUUCAUUGAGGCAUUUUCCCCCUUUGAAACAUUUUACUUACAUUCUCUAGUGGAAGGAGGGAAAGAAGGAUGAAAAACUCAUAUUUUAAACUGAUAGCAUCUAUACUAUCCUUUAUAACACAUUGAGAGGUAACAUGGGCAGAUAGGCAGCUGGGUGGUACAAUGGAUGGAGUGCCAGACCUGUAAUCAGGAAAACUUGAGUUCCAAUCCUGCCUCAGACACUAGCUGUGUGACCCUGAGGAAGAUGACCUAACUACCUUGGGCGUCAGUUUCCCCAUCUGUAAAAUGAAGGGGUUAGAUUCAAUGACCUCUAAAAUCCCUUCCAGCUCUAAAUCUGUGAUCCAGGUAGAUAGAAGGCCAAUAUUUCAGGUCAGGCAGACCUUGGUUCAAGUCCUUAAUCUAACAUUUAUUGACUGGGUGACCAUGAGCAAACCACUUACCCCCUCACUACCCCAUUUAGCUAAGACUGUGCAUUAUGGAUAAAUUGCUGAUCUGUACUCUUGGACUACCAGGAGCUCCCCACAGCUAUGAAGCCACAUGUCUGGACCCACUCAGAUAUUUUCUUGUUCAGUCACGAACCAAACAAAGCUUUGGGAAUGAGCUACAUUUCAAUCCUUACUUUUUGUUCCUUUAGAAGUGAUUGAGUCAAUCUUAUGUUUAUUUAUUUUUCAGGUAAUAUUGUGUUAAUGGUGUUAUAGUGUCUUUGAGGGGGUGGUUGUGCUGUUUAGUUUGUUUUUUAUUUUCAGGCUGCUUUGGUAUCUAUGCAAAACAAGCUUGAAAAGUUAAGUUUUCCCUGUUUGAUUUCCUAUUUUUUCUCUGGCGUUUCAUUUCAAAAGCCUCGUAUUCAUCAAAAAUAUGUCAGAAAACCCAUUUUCUUCUUAAUGGUUGGAGGAAAAAAGAUUGUGGUGCAAAAUAUUUGGCUGUCAGUUUAAUUCUGCAGUGCUAUUAUUUUAGUGAUAAACUUCAUCUUAUAAGACAGUUACAUUUUCACAGUUGUACCAUGUAAUGUUUUCAUCUUCUUGUUUAUGAUCUUGUUUGGAGGCCUUGUUAUUAUUUUCAUAACAAUCCCUUCAAUGUCAGUAGUUCUCUGAUGGCACAUAGUGUUGGGAUAUUUCUGAGUUAGCAUUGCUGAACAGUAUUGUCCUGGGUAUUGUAAACAUUUUGUGGAUGGGUAUGAUAUGUAAAUUCAUAGCUGGCCCCCAAACCAUAUUGCAACUUCAGCAGUAAGGCUGAAGGCCCCAUUUGUUAAUAAUUCUGGAAUGUUAUAAAUCAUAUUAUUAGGUCGCUAAGAAAAGGAAUCUGAAGGGUUGAAAAUUAUUCGUUGGAAGAAAUGAGAAAAUUGUUUUGAGCAAACUAAUGGUUUUAUGUCUUAGAACAAAGGUACCUAAGCUACUGCUAAUUGAAGUGUUUUCUAGAAUUAGAAACUGUAGAAUAAAAUUAUGCAUUUUGCUUCUCUUAUUCUUUUUAUGUCUUCAUAUGGUUUUUAGUUUUAUAUUUCUGUGUCCAGAUUGAGGCUGCUUUAUGUGGUUUUUAUCUUUACUUAAAGAUCUGUCUGAAUUUUUUGAUAAAGUUACUGCUUCACAAUAGGCUUGUACAUAGGCUUAUUUUUAAGUUAGAUGCAAAUAAAACCAUCCUAGUUGGCAUAAAUGCAGGAAAACUAGAAAUAACCCUAAACUGGAAUCCUUUAAAACCUAAUUAGAAAGAUAUUCAGAAUGAAUGCUUUGCAAAUCAGCAAAGAUGUGCAUAGUUGGUUCUCAGAUAUGUUGCAUUUUUAAAAGUUACAGAUUGAGUAAUGUGUCCUUCUAAGUGCUAUGCUCUUUGUAGACCUUAUUCUGUGUAUUGACUAAUACCACCAAUAAACGUGUUUGUGUUUUCCAA